UCAUUAAAUAUGUAUACCAAGGAAAUAUAAAACAUAUAUAAAUAUCGCAAAAUAAUGAUGGUUUAUUUGAAAUUACAUUUGAACACUUUCAAAUUUACCGCUUUAAAAUUGGACCAAUCAAAAGUUGACGCUAUUGCGCAUGUACAAAUGUUCUAUCUAGUAACCGUAUCCUAACAGAUCUAGUAACCUAACCUAACAGACCGAAUGCAUUUUUACCACCAAACUGAUGUCAAAUGAAAUAUUAGCUGUUUUUAUUUGAACAUCAAGAUUUUCUGCAUAUCAAAUAAAUUUAUAAUUUUUCAAUAUGACAUCAUUUUUAACCGAUGUGUUAAUUACAGCAGAGCAAGUGGAAAAACUCAAUCUUCAAGAUAAAAUAGCUCAAAUACAGGAGGAAAUAGUGAAAUUAAAAUAUGAUGUGAAAGAUUUCAUGGAUGUUAAUUAUAUUGAAUUUUCGUCGAAAUUAACGAAAAAUCAACGUUUAGUUUCUAAAGCUGAAUUACUUACACAGGAAAUGAACGAUUUACAAAAGAGAAUAGAUGAUCAGAUCAAAAUAGAAUUAUCUGGAUCCACGAAGGAAUUACAGAAUCUGUCAUUAGCGUUAAAAGAAUCAAACCUUUGUUUUUUAUUAUCCAAACAAUUGUUAUCGCUUGAUGAAUACAUCAAGUCAAUAAAGCAGUAUCAAGAAGAACAACGAUACGUUGACGCUGCCAAAAGCUUAUGUGCAAUGCAAGUGUUAUUGGAAAAUCCAGAAAAUAAUAUACAAGAUCUUGAAAUAUAUAAUGUCAUCAAAGAGGAAUAUAAAAAUUUACACGAUUCAUUUUUAUCUCAUGCCUCUUUGCUUUGGCAUGAACGAAUUUGUUGGACCGAUGUAGAUGAUAAUAAAGAUGAAGCUAUUGUAACACUUCAUAUUAAGGAUAAACUAGAAAACAUAGAAGAUUUAAUUCGUGGUUUGCAUUAUGUCAACAAACUUUCCGAUCAUUUAGACAAAUUUUUAGAUUCUGUUAUGAAUCAUAUAAUUCGAGCUAUUAUCAAUGAGGAAUGCUUGGUGUUUGUUUCGAAAGAAAACGUAUUCACGAUUAAAUAUAUCGAUAGAAAAAAACAACCAAAUUAUAAAAGUGUAUUGCAUAAUUUAAAAUUAUUAUUUAGAUAUCUUCAUGAACAUUUUAACAUUGUAAUAGACAAUAAUGAAAGUUUACUUAUGAAAAUGCAGCCAUAUAUUUUAGACAAAUUAGCGGAAAGUCUUACAACGAAUUGUAUAGCUAGAACUAUACCUACUUCUACUGCGGAAUUAAAAAAUUUUGAACCGGUAAUUGAAGAGAUUAAUGACUUCCAAAGUUAUUUAGUAGAAAUUGGUUUCAUUAAGGAAACACAAUUAUUCUUGAAAGAAUACACCGAUAACAUAGACACUAUUUUUAUCGAUAAAAUAUGCCAAGAUUUAAUGGUCAAAGCAAAAACUAUUAUCAGGAAAGAUCUUCAUGAUUCGAUUAAACAUAUAUCCGAGACACCAUUAAAAUUUCCAAGCAAUGAAUUAGAGAACGAAGAUGUACCAAUUCACAGAUACUUAAAUGAAUCUUCUUUUCAACUAUCAACUUGUCAAAUAAGCAAAAGCGCAAAAGAAAUACUAGAUCUUGCAAGAAGCAUUUUGGACGAAGCUUGUGACAGUUUGGAUGCUUCCGCAGUCAGGCUGUUCUAUACAUGUAGAAAUAUAUUUGAAAUGUAUGCAGGAUUAGUACCUGAACAUCACCGAAAAUUUUUGGAAACAAUACCACAACAAGUCGCUUUAUUCCACAACAACUGUAUGUAUCUCGCACACCAUCUACUCACAUUGGCACACGAAUACAGGGACAAGCUGCCAGGAUCAUUGCAACAACUUAAUUUAACGUUUGCUGACCAAACGCUGAUACUGCGCAAUGUGGGUUCCGAAUGUUUUCUAGAACACAUGAGAUAUCAGAGGAAUAUUAUUAUAGAUAUACUUAAAGAGUCAGGCUUAGCGGUGCUAGGUCAAGUCUCAGAAUUACCUUCAUCUACCGAACGUGCAUUAAGACAAUGCAUCAGACAAUUGGAAUUGUUGAAAACUGUCUGGUUGGAUGUUUUACCUAUCAAUGUUUAUUGUACAGCCGUAGGAUGCAUCACUAAUUCCAUGGUCGAAGAUUUAAUAAUAAGAGUUACAUCCGUUGAAGAUAUACCAGCCGAUGUAGCCUCCGAUUUGGUGAUAAUGUUCAAUAUGGUAGCAACACGAGCACCAAUGAUAUUUCCGGAAUCUGACGAGAUGUCACAAUAUGUACGAAAGUGGACUAAAUUUGUAGAACUUAUCAAAGUUCUUGGUGCAUCAUUAAAAGAAAUUGAAAUUAGAUGGGCAAAUGGGAAAGGUCCUCUUGCAAAAGAAUUUACAGCUAUUCAAGUAAAACAACUUAUUAGAGCAUUAUUUCAAAAUACAGAAAGAAGAUCAGUUCUCUUAGCUUCUAUCAAGUAAUAUAAUACUGUAUUAAUAUGUUAUUAAUAAUCAGUGAAAAGAGAACAUUUAUUUCGUAUUCUAUGGCAUUUCAUGGCAUUCGCAUCAUCUGAAAGAUUUUCUUUUAUCAUUUGAUAUGUAUGUUUAUCCCUCCCUCCAUAGUUAUAUAUAUAUUAACCAGGGGACCAGACUAGAACCAACGUAUUCACCAAAUGUUCUUGUUUUGUCGAAGUAUCAUCUUUUUCCAUCCAUGGAACAUUCCUUGAGAAACAACAAAAUUCCUAUGUUACACUAAAAAAUAAUGCUUUACUUCCUGGUCCCCCCUAAUAUAUAUAUAUAGAGAGAGAGAGAUGGGAUUUAAAUGGGAAAAAAAUUUUGUAAUACAAAUUGCAAUCAACUCUAAAUGUUUUAAAUCCCAUCACUAAAUUAUAUAAAUAUAUAUUUUUUUGUAAUCUUUAUAUUAUUUGACAAGCUUUUCAUGCAAUCUAUUUUUAUACGACCCAUUUCGCGUAUGUAAGUAAAAACUCUUGGCAUCCAAAGUAUUUUAUAUGUUUUUUUUUCGUGUUGCAAUAAAUCUUUG